AUGGCUCCCAGCCUCACUCAGGCGUAUUUCCAGAUCCCUCUGGUGACCCGGACGUACACGACCGCCUGCGUCCUCACCACCGCUGCCGUGCAACUUCAAGUCAUCUCCCCGUUUCAGCUGUACUUCAACCCAGAACUCAUCAUCAGUCGAUACCAGAUAUGGCGUCUGAUCAGCAGCUUCUUCUUCUUUGGUUCCAUUGAAUUUGGUUUUUUGUUCAACAUCAUUUUCCUCUAUCGGUACUGCCGCAUGCUGGAGGAAGACUGUUUCCGAGGAAGAACGGCUGAUUUUGUUUUCAUGUUCCUGUUCGGAGGAAUCCUCAUAACUCUGCUGGGUCUGUUUGCCAACAUCUUUGUCCUCGGCCAGGCCUUCAUCACCAUGCUGGUGUACGUCUGGAGUAAAAGAAACCCGCUCAGACGCAUGAACUUCUUCAGCCUCCUCACAUUCCGGGCGCCACUUCUGCCCUGGAUGCUGAUGGGAUGUUCACUGCUGCUUGGGAACCCCGUCACUGCCGACGCCCUGGGUAUCUGCGUUGGACACCUGUAUUACUUCUUAGAGGACGUGUUUCCGAACCAGCCAGGAGGAAGAAAGCUGCUGACGACACCAGAUCUGCUGUAAGAGUCGAAGCGGGUCAUGUUUGACCCACCUGAGGGACCUGAUCACUGCUUCCUCCAGGAGGAGCAGCAGGAAGGAGGAGAUCUGCAGCACAACGAGGAGCGAUCAGAAAA